AUGGGUGAAACUCUUCAUGUCCCUACGUGGUCUCUCACUGUUUGGGGUUUACGCCGUCGCAAUCCUGUUGUUGGCUGUGUGGACCCUUCCCGAAAGCGUUCCUCCGUGUCUUCCUGCGUGCUGCUAGCGUCUGUGCCCCUCCUCGUGAGUUUAUCUUUGUCACGAACAGAGACAGGUUGUUGCCUUCUUUUUUUUUUAACCGCUUGCAGGUUUGACCUUUCCAGAGUGCAGCCGCAGAAGGAAUGGUGGCGAGAAAGGCGUGUAGCUCCAGCAACCUUCUUCGGCUUCCCGGACAUCACCAAGGCUGGCCUGAGAGGGGGAUCCCUGUACACAGAGCAGAUGGAUGCCGUCACGCUGGCAGUUUUGGCUGACAAGUGUGUCCAAGAGAAUGUCUGGGAUCCUGAAAUAUGGCUGAAGUUCUCCUGGCGUGCGCAGCAGCUCUCCACCCGCACAGAGGAGCCCGAUUUGUGCUACAUCUUCCGAGCGUUUGCUCGAGCUGACUGGUUCGAUCAGAACCUUUUGACGACCUACCUCGGAAGACUGCACAGAAGGUUGCCCCAGUUCCAGCUGCCGGAUGUAACGGUUCUACUGGAAGCAUUUGAGAAUCCGCGUUUCAGGCAAGGAGAGUAUCUGCAGAAGAGUUUGACUCACAUGGCUUUGCUGCUCCAGCUCGGAUCUGAGUUUCCCGUCCAGUCCAGAUAA